AUGGCCGGGACGGCGGUGGCCGAGACCCGAGCUUCGACCGCGACGGUGGAAAGGGUGCGGGGAAGUCGGCGUGCAGAACAAAUCCAGAAGUACCUUGCGAAACGCGGAGUCCGGAAGCAGUCCGGGAUCAGCCGGCCGAAGCUCUUGGCAGUGGUGGUGCACGACUUUCGGGCUUUCAAACCUAUUGGGUAUCGCCGAGGCACCUUCGCCUCAAUGCAGGGCGCCGGCGGCGACUGGUUCUGGGCCUCAGCGCAGGGGCCAGGGCCAGUGCGGAUUCCGGAAGGAUGCUUGAGAUUUGUAGUGAGUUUCCUCGCGGAGAAGCAGCUGCUGGUGCGUGCCAAGAUGUUGCAAACACGGUCGACGCGCUUUGGCAACAAACGCAAUGAACAGCAGACCGAGCUGGAGGUCUUCGGGCCGCCGAAGACGCGCUCGACCAGCGGCAUCGAUUUUGACAAAUACGAUGCCAUCCCAGUCCAGGUUUCGGGCGAGAACAGCACGGACGUGAAACCAAUCGUCCGCUUUUCCGAGGCCAAGCUGGUUGACUCCUUGUUCGACAACCUCCGGCGAUGUGGGUACGAUCGCCCGACCCCUGUGCAGAAGUACUCCAUACCCAUUGUCCUGUCGGGGCGCGACCUGAUGGCCUGUGCGCAAACCGGCUCAGGAAAGACCUGCGCCUUCAUGGUGCCGUGUCUUGAAUCGCUACUCCGGUCUGGACCGCCGCAGCAGAGCAGGCCGCGUCUUUGUGUUGAAUUGUGGGCAGUCGAACUCCUGUGCUUCGGACAUCUAGCUUCAGGCCUCAGGCACUUUCGGCGUUCUCCUUCGGGGUCAUGUGGAGCCUGGAGUUCAUCUUGA